UGGUCUCCUGGUCGUCUUCUUGAUCGCUGCGCGCCUCCUGCGCGUCCCUCGACGCGUUCUGCCCCUCCUCGCCUCUAGCGCCAAAGCGCUCCACAAGACCAGCUCGUCCUCGCACGAGCUCGGCGGCUGUUUCUCCACAUGUGGUUAACUAGGCUCAUAUCAUCGACGAUAUGGCUUAACACCAUCCUCUUCACCAUUCCCCUUGCCUUCGACGUAGGAGGCCGCACGUGUGGGCUGGCCUUUUCGCUGUCACUGGCCAGCUACUACUUCCUCUACUCCAUCCUCCGCCUCAUCACACCGGACGGCUCGAGAUUCAGACGGAUAUGCUGCGAACUCGUACGGUGGACACAAUGGAUUGUCAUUCCUACACUUCUGAUCUGGAGUUUGAACAAGUUCUCCAUCGACUCGGACAAUAGCUCUGGAUGGGUCGAACGGACGUUUGGCGGGAAACGGGCACAGCAUGACAGCGUUCGAGAGUGGCUGUUUGGGAGAGAGGGACUAGUGGAGGCUGUCACCAUUGGGGCCUGGGACAAGAUACUGGCGCACAGCACGCCUGUUUUCCAGAUCUUGGAGGGCUUCUGCACAAUCCUGGUAAUCCAGGCGGUUGGAGACUACGCGAGAUGGCUGGUCAAUGGAGAGAGGGGCGACAGCUGGAUGAUCGGCUUCCUGAUCACUUCGGCGUCGAUAUUUUCGACGUCCCUAUACUUCGUCUGGCGAAUUACGACCUUCCCUCAGAUUGACAACAUCGACGCCAUCCUCAUCGGCGUAGCCCUUACUACCGCCGUAUUCCUCUGUGCAACCGGCAUCGUGAGCGGACGCGGUAACCCUGUGGAGUCCGCACUACUCUUCGCCUACGUCACCCUUUGCAUCUACCAAAUCUUCACCGACUACCGACCGUCGCCGGACUCGGCCGCCGCGAAUGCAGUUUCUGAGCCCGCACUACCUCCGCUCCCUCCCAUCAUCAUGGCGUCGUAUACCACGCUCCUGCACGCCCUCGGCUCGCUCCCGAGCAUCAUCCAAACCGGCUUCAACCUCAUGGUCGGCGCCGUCCUGACCAUCACCCCCAGCGUCAUCAUCUCGCUAGCCUACCGCGUCUUCGUCAUGUACGCGUCGGCGCGCAUCAUCCCCGCCAUCCACCAAAGCGGCGCCCGGGCCCUCUCGCAAGAACCCUCGCUCGACGACGAAGACGAAGCCGGCAAAUUCCUGGGCUUCCUCAGCUGGUUCAGCCCGUCGAUCCUCAUCGCCGUGUAUACGAGUCUGCUGAUGCAGCACUUUGCGAACGGGAAUGGGGCAGGGGUGGAGGGAGGGGCCGAGUGGUGGACGAACCAGGGGGAGAGGGUGGGCGGGAACGUGUGGCGGUGGAUCAAUCUGGCGGUUACGAUGGGCAUCUAUGCGAUUGAGUUGAAGAUUGGCAAGGGCGAGGAGGAAGGGCGGUUGAGGCAUUGGAAGAGUGAUUAGGGGUGAUGAUCAGAGUGGGUUGUAAGAAGUGGAGUUGGGAGUGAUUGUUGAGUAGACGACAGGGAAAAAAGAAGAAAAGAAAAGAAAUUUGGUGGAUAUACAAGGAGCUUGAGAUUGAGCAGACCAUGGCGUGCCUGGAUGGAUGGGACAAGCGAUUCUUCCUCUUCUUGUUGGACAAGCAAGCAAGUAAGCAUGGUUCGCUCACGACCCCUUUUUCUUUUCUUUCAUCAGAUACCCGGAAUUUGAAAUCGUGGGGCCCGCCCGCCUUGGUAGGGUUAUUGGAAUAUACGAAUAGUGUCGCUUGAACGGAACUUGCAUUGCAUUGCUGCAACCUCCAUCGGUUCCUGU